UGGGAAACCUCCUAAUUUUUUAUCAAAUGCGUGAAGGUGCACCGUGGUGGCGUCCGGUUCCUGGUUUCUAUUUUAAUGACUUCAAAUGACCAAAUUAUUGGGGACUUUGAGUUUUAAUUUGAUUAGGACCAGUUUAACCAGGGCGAUGUCUUCUGGGCAGAGGGUAAUAUAUAUUAGAAGGGAGGCUAACUCGGAACAAUUCCAGGUCAACUUCGACUUCGUCCACGACCAGCUCAACAUCAAGAGGAGCUUCAACUUCAACCGGAACGUCUAUGAGACCGUCGAGGCUUUCUUGGGCAGAGUGAAAGCCAAUGUUGGUAAAAUCUUCGAAAGGAAAACGAAGAAAAAGCUGAAAAAGGACGAAUCGAAAGUAGUGGAGGUUGGUGAACUAAGCAUCCAGCUUUUCCAUGGCCUGAAUGAGGUAGAAAGGACAGAAAAAUGUUUAGACGUUUUCUUUAGUGAUAAAUACAAGAAUGGACUUCUGAUGAAGUUUGUUGACAAUGAGUAUUCGGUGGCUGUCAACCAUCCAUGUGUGCUCCAGCUCACAAUGCCGAAAUUCGCCAUGUCCGAUUGCCCAUUGUACCCAAAGUCUUUGAGAAUAUUCAGUGGCGACUUGGCCCAUUCGGAGAUGAGUUGGCAGGCAAGUCGGGAUAACGGUAAAACGUGGAAAGUCGUCGGGGAUUGUAUUUUGCACUACCCCACUCAGAAAGAUGUCGGGAGCUUUUUGAAAUUUGUGUGCAAACCAGGAAAUGAAGAGCGUUUCGGACCUGAAGUGGAUGCGGAAAUACCGAAGAAAGUCAGCUUGAGCCCCGUGUCCUAUCGGGAAGGCUAUUCAGAUUUUGCGCCUGCUGACCAGUUCAGGGUGAUGUCUUACAACUUACUAGCAGACUUGUAUGCUGAAACAGAAGUUGCAAUAAAACAGCUGUUUGCUCAUUGUCCUCCUUUCGCUCUUUCCAUUGACUACAGAAAGCCACUUUUAUUAAGAGAAAUUAUGGGGUACAAAGCAGAUAUAAUCUGCCUCCAGGAGGUCGAUGUGAAAAUUUUCGAGUAUGACCUCAGUUUUUUACUAGGCUGUGUCGAUUUCGCAGGGGAGAUGGCGAAGAAAAAUGGCACCGUAUCUGAGGGCGUUGCUACAUUUUUCAAUAAGACGAAAUUUCGCCUUGUUCAACAAUGCAAAUAUGUGUUUGGUGAAGAGGUCGAUAAGGAUAAAAUGUUUGCAGAUAUUUGGGAUCAGAUCAAGCUUAAUGAGAAGCUUGUUGAGAAGAUAAAAGACCUAGGAACUGUAUUACAGAUUUUGGUUUUGGAAUCAGUGCAGAACCCAUCGAAUUAUCUCGUUCUGGGCAAUACGCAUUUAUAUUUUCAUCCGACCGCUGACCAUAUUAGACUCUUACAAGCAGCCAUGGCGCUCCGAUGGAUGAACAGCACCAUUAGCCAGUUUGAGGAAAAAGGUAAAAAUAUAUCAAUGAUAUUCUGCGGGGAUUUCAACAGCACACCUGAAUCAGGGGUAUACGAAUUCAUGACUGCCAAUGUGAUACCUCCUGAUUACAAGGAAUGGAGUUCUGUUGAAGAGGAAAAAAUAACAGGGCUGGAAUUGAAGCACAAUUUCCAAAUAAAAAGUGCUUAUGAAGUGACAGAAAAAUUCCCGCUUACAAAUUACACACCAUUAUUUUCUGGCUGUUUGGAUUAUAUCUACUUCACUAGCAAGUCGCUCGAUGUGGUCGAGAAACUCAAGCUACCUGACGAACAGUUUCUCAAGGAACAGGUGGGCUUGCCAAAUCCAAACUUUCCAUCGGACCACCUCGCAAUCUGUUCAACUUUCAAAUUUAUUUGAAUUGUAGUCAUCGUGAAUUGUUAACGUGUAAAUAAAUUUAAUACGGAAUUCA